AUGGCGGCAUUGUCAGUGUCUGGCAUUUCCGGAAAAGGCUUUACCUGGCCAGUCUCCAGGGCGCCACACAGAGCAUUUUGGUCUCCAUCCAGAAAAGAAAAAGAACAUGUGGUGACUGAGACAGUAGAAGAAGUGAAGAAAGAACGUAUCCUGGUGUGCCCACCUUUAAUUGACAUACCACCUGAAGAUCUCCAGAGUCGUUUGGAAUCCCGUGUUAAGGAAGUUUUUGGUUCAUCUGUUCCCACUAAUUGGCAGGAUGUCUCCUUGGAAGAUGUUCAUCUGAAGUUGAAUCUCUUAGCACAUUUAGCUGAUGAGUUGGACCAUGCAGUGCCUAACUCCAGGCUUCACCAAAUGUGUAGGAUCAAGGAAGUUCUUGACUUCUACAGUGCCCCUGUUCAAGAUAGAUCUAAAUUUGAUGAACUUAAUGCCAGUAAUCUGCCUCCAAAUUUGAAAAUCACUUGGAAUUACUGAGCAAUUCAGAAGAG